AUGUGUGUGUUGACGCUGGCGCUGACGAUCGCACUCUUAUGUCCCUCUGCUUUCGCUGGCGGCGGUAGCAACAACGGCAAUAAGGCUUCCCCACCACCACCUGCGAGCCCUCCGCCGAGCCCCCCGCCAAGCCCUCCGCCGAGCCCUCCGCCCCCUGGCACAGUCACUCUGUCGCCCGCGGGACAGAACAACAACAACGGAAAUGGAAAUGGCGUGAGCGCCGCAGUCAUAGAUUGGUACAACGACCAGGAAUACCCCACGUGUCCUCUCCAAGACUGCCCUCCGCUCAAGUUUUUCUGCUCUGGAGGCAUGUGCAAUGACACUGCAGGGAUCCUAGGUCGCUGGAGGCUUCCGGUGCAAUCGUCUCUCCAAUGCCCUCCAGGCAGCAGCAACCCGAAGCCUAACAACCAGUGGUGCAUCGAUAAUCUCACCGUCUCGGAGUGCUGCGCAGCGUGCUCUAAUAGCGCCAUGCCCUGCCGCCUCUGGCAGCACUACAUCGGGACGAUAAAUCCGUCGGGGAAGUGUCUCAAGUGCGGCAUCUGCUGGCUGUACCCUCCUGUCUUUGCCGUCAUGACCCGCAAAACUUCUAUCCGAACCCUCCCCAUCUCAGUUGCGGAUUACUCGCCUGCGGUCACGCCGACCUCUCCACUUCCAGUCUCGUCAUCCGUGACUUCAUCCCGCCAUCGUGCCUCCAUGUCCGAACAAUCAGGGUUCCCCACGACCGCCGUUGCUGCAUGCCAUGCAUCCGCGGUGUUGCUCGCAGGUCUCGUGACCUUCUGGGUCGUCGGCUUUCAGGGAGGAGCAAGCUGGGAUUCCCAAAAGCCUGACACUCUUUUCAAUUACCAUCCCCUCUUCAUGAUCGUGGGCUUUGUGGUUGUGUUCGGCGAAGGCAUCCUUGCAUACCGCCUGCUUCCUCUGUCAAGGCCGGCCAGGAAGGUUGCGCACUUGGUCAUUAAUGGCGUUGCGCUGCUGCUAGCACUGGUGGGAGUGUGGGCAGUGUUCAAGUUCCACAGCAUCAAGUCCAUUCCUGACCUUUACAGCCUCCACUCUUGGUGUGGCAUGGGGGUUCUCGUCCUCUUUGCGCUUCAGUGGUUGUCUGGCUUCUACGCGUUCUUCUAUCCAACCACAUCUCUUGCUACUCGCCAAGCUUUCAUGCCAUGGCACACCUUCCUUGGUGUCUUCCUUUUUUGCUUCGCGCUUGCCACCGCGUCGCAAGGGGUAUUAGAAAAAAUGACGUUUCGCUUUGUGGGGGGCCUUGACAAAAGGGGUCCAGAGGCGAUCGUUGCAAAUCUGCUUGGCCUGAUGAUUUUCGCCUUCGGUGGUGAGGAGGUGGAUGUGCAAGAGGCGGAUGUGGCAACAACGAGGGAGAGCGUGCAGCGCGUGCAGCAGCACGUGCUCAAGCCCCUCGUGCUCUUCGCCACGCACAAGGAGGUGGCGGCAACGGGCCAUGUGGAGUGUGACAGCAGGCGGGAGAGAGGACUGUGCACCGCUGUUCGCCGCGCUUCCGCCACUCGCCUCUACCUCUCUCUCAAAAAGAAGGCGCAUGCGCGGGGGCUGCCGUCGUCAUACCUGGUGGACUACUGCGAGGCCGUGCUGCCGCCCUCCACCACCAUCACGCUCGUGCUCGCCUCACACAAGGCGUGGAAGGAGGGCUUUCUCUGGCGCCUGCAGCAAUCCAACGCCCACACCCCUGCACCGCUCUCCAUCGCUGCGAACCACAGUGACAGCGAAGCGGACAGCGAUGGCGAGGGGGCGGCUGUGGUGGCGACGCCUGUCACCACCGCCAACGCCCGCUCGCUCUUCUCCCCCUCCCCACGCCCCUCCCUCCAACCCCCCGCGCAUUCCCCCCGCGCUGCCCCUCAUGGUGCUGCUGCCGACGCGCACAGCCCUCGCGCUGCAGGGGACGCCCAGCCACGCCGCAGGAUGAGAAAGAGCCAGUCGGAGAGCAGGGACCCGGGCAGUGGGGCGAGCGAGGGCGAGGGUAGUGGGGGCGAGGGCAGGGAGGUGAACAGCGAUGGCAACGAGGGGCUUGGGCGGCGGCACCGGCGCAGAGUGGUUGGUGGACGCGGACUAGCUGCCUCUAGGUUCCGACCUCAGGGCCGAGGGGGUGGGGAGGAUGGGGCGUGGGACGAGCGGCACCGGGAGGGCAGGGCGGAUGGGGAGGGGGGGUUGGGCAAGGGAAGGGCAAUGCAGGAGGAGGGGGGGUAUAUGAGUGCGGGCGGGGGCGAGGAGGGACGGCAAGGAGGGGGUGAGUAUGUGGACAGAGAGCGUGAGAGGUGGCGUGGUGAUGGGUGUGAAGGGAUGGUGGGCACGGGGGAGGAGUGGGGGCAGCAUGGUGAAGGGCGAGGUGGGGGGCGAAGGGAAUUGCGCAAGGCGAAAGCAGAGAAGGAGAGAGGGGAAAAGAGAGAGGCGAGAAAGGUGGGUGAGGGAAGGAUAUGGAGGCAUGGGAGCGUGGCGGCACAGGAAGGGGCGCGAGAUGUUGUGAGGGCAAUGAGUGCAGCGGUGGUGAUGCCUGGUGAUGAAGUGCAGUCGCCCACACGGCAUGACUCCCCCCGGUGGCUGUUGCACGAGGAGGAGAGGGCGAGAGGGCGGGCAGACGAGGCCCAGCAGCACGGCACGUACGCGUACGGGGAGGCGGAGCGGGGGCAGGCGUUGCGGCAUGGGGAGGAGGAAGCGGAGGCACGUGGGAGCAGUGGGGAGCAGGAGGGUGGGGGCAGUGGGGCAGAGGAAGGCGAGGGGCAUUUGGAGAAGGCGAGGGUGAUGCAGCGGCGGUGGGAGCAGGACAGGGCAUGGUCGCAGGUGCGGCACACAGUGCAGAGCGCAGCAGAGAAUGGUGUUCCGGCUCCCUUCCGAUUAGAGAUUGGCAGGUCCCUCUCUCCCUCCUCCACCUUCGCCAGACGCACUGCCUCGCCAACCACUCAUCACCUCGCACAUGCGCACCACUUACCAUCAUCUCCCUCUCAAUCUCCCACCCAUGCUGCCUCCUCUGCUCCCACGAGUACCUCUCCCACCGCUGCUGUUGCCGUUGCUGCUUCCGCGAGCAGCGCUGUGCUCGCUGGUACCACGGACGCCAGUGUCUCCACGAGCAACACCGUGCUUGGCGGCGCCAAAGGCAGUGCAGCCGGGUCAUCAGGCAAGGGGCGCAGCAGCAGGGCGGGCAGUGGCAGCGCCAGUGGGCGCAGCAGCAACCGGAGUGCACGUGGCAGCAGUGGCAGCCUGAGUGGGUUGCUGUCACUGCCCCGCACGUCAACGGCUGACAGCUCUGUUCUCACCGCUGCCACCUUCAUCAGCAGCAGCACCAGUGGCAGACUCUCCCUCGACGCACAUGUGCCAUCCGCCCCUCCUCCUCUCGCUUCCUCCACCGCUGCAGACACUGCUGCACCCAUCACGGUACCUGCAUCUUCGGCUGCUACUGUCCAGGAAGAUGAUGCCUUUGCUGUGACUGCUGCUGAGCCGCUUCCCUCUGCAGCUGCUGCGCUGCCAUCUCAUCGCAGCAUGGGCAAGGAGAAGAAGCGCGGCAUCAAGUUACCGCGCUCCAAAACCGUGGAGGGCAACGCCUUCUCUUCCUCCUCCUCUUCUUCCGCCACCGCCUCGUCCCUUCUGCCGCCCUCCCGCUCCUCCUCCACCUCUGUCUUCUCCCGUGCAGCCUCCUCCUCUUCCACCAUGGCCAAGUCCGCCUCUCUCUCCGCACACACCUCCCCCCCUCGCUCCCACGCGCCCACCGGCACCUCCCCCACCUCGUGGCUCUCCUCGCUGCUGCCCCUCCGCCGCCACUCCUCCCGCUCUGACUUCCCCUCACCUCCACACCCACCAGCUGAGCCUGCCACUGCUGUGGUUGUGGUGGCCGAUUCCCCUGCAACAGCCCUCACUGCUGCUGCUGGCGCGGGCACUGCUGAUAGCCUGGACAGUAGCAGUGGCAAGCAGGACAGGGCAGGUAGUUUCCGGGGCGGGGAGAACGGAAGGGACAAGUUUUACAUCUCAAGGGCCACAUCAGUGGCAGGCGGAUUAGGGAGAAGGAGGGGCAGUGGCAGUGGGCGGGGCAGCAGGGGCAGUGGGAGCAUGGUGGAGCUAUCAGAGGCGUGUGACUUGCUGGCAGAGCAGGCAGGGGCGCUGGUGGAGUGGGAGGAGGGCGCGGAGAGAGACGGGGCCACGGGCGCGGCGUGCAUGCCAUCGCCUCUGCGGCACCCCGCAGUGCUGAAGCGCAACAACAGCAGCGGCAACAUCUUUGCCCGCAUGUGGCGGAGUGACAGUACCGGCAGUGCCACUCAGGGUGCGGUGGAGAGCGGUGAGCAGGGCGGGCAGGUGGGGCAUGAGCGUGGUGGGGACGUGGACGGGUCAAGCAGCGAUGAAGGUGGCGUGGAGGGUGGUGAUGGGGGCGAAAGGGUGCAGCAGGACAGCAUAGAUGCACUCAUUGCGUCGCUGCUGGCCAUCCCAGACGUGCAGGGAGCCAUGCGCAUUGGGGACUUGCACGGCGCGCAGCAGGUGGACGUGCGUGCAGGGGACCCGCAGCCCUGGCAGCAGCAGCAAGCUGCAGCGUCCCCGCACCACCAUGCGUCCCUCUUACCACUCCCGUCCGCGCACUCCUUUGCGCGCCCCUCGUCGCGGCCGCUGACGCCCUCCUCAGUGCACCGGGUGGAGAGCCUUGACAGCAGCCUGCUGCGCGCCGCUGCCGCUGACUGGCGGGCCGCACAUCCUGCUGCGCCAGGCUCCGCCACAGCAAGCCCUGUGUGGGGCGCACCGCACACACCCGAGCGGAAAGGCGGUGCGGGUGGCAGCGGCAUGUGGGUGGGGGGCAGCGAGAGUAGCGGUGGCGCGGGCUCAGGCAUGGGUGCGUCUGCGUUUGAGCGGCGCAGUGUGGAGCGGCAGCGGUCAGUGGAGGUGCGGUCACUCAAGGAGGAACUGGCGGCGUACGAGCAGUUUGAUGCGGGCAGUGACGUGUGGGAGGGCGUCAAGGCUGGUGGUGCACGGGCGAGUGAUAGGGUGGAGGGCGAUGGGGCGAGCGGUGGUGAGUACGACAUCUGGCAGUGCGUGGAGAACCUGGAAUCCUCCCACACCUCUGCUGCUUCGUCCGCUGCUGAUGCAUCAGUGGAUGCGGUGAGUGCGUGUGGAUCAGCAGCAGCUGUUGCAUCACCCAUGUCUUCUCCUGGGCGAGUGCAUGGGAAGGCCGCCCUUGCUGCCCUGCCAGGGUCCUCCGCCCCUGCUGCUGACAGCAGUGGCGGCAGGAGUGUUGGGGAGAGGGGCGGGGGCGGGGGCGGGGGCAGCAGCAGCGGUGGCGGGGCAGGGCGGCCAGGCAGCACGCUGCAGAGGUCGCGGCUGAGCAUGUCCAGUGGGCUCUCCGAUGUGCCCUGUGCCAGUGAUGCAGGCACGGUCAGUGCUGGUGGGGAGGGGGGGAGGGAAUGGGCGAGUGGGGAGGAGGAGAAGGGCACAGCUGAGCCAGGCAGCGAUCACGCGGACAAGGCAGCAGCAGCACCUGUGGCGGCUUCCCGGGCAUCGCUAUCACCAGCGCUACUGUCGCUGCACCAGUUCCUCCAUCCCAAGAGCUCCCCCCGUACCUCCCCCUCCGCCUCCGCCUGCUCCUCCGCCGCCGUCUCCCCUGCGGCCUCCCCCUCACGCCCGCGCACGCCCUCGGUGCACCACUCGCACACGCGCUCGCUCUCCUUCUCUCGCAGCCUGCUGCGCCUGCCCACGCCGCGCUCCAUCUUCUCACCCUCGCGCACCGAAUCCGAGGCUACUGCUGUCGUGCCCGCUGCUGACCCGCCUGGCAGACGCCGAGCCAGCGAGGACAGCGCACGCACACGUGCAGGGGAAGAGGGGGUGGUUGGAGGGUAUGGCAUGGGAAUGCAGAGUGGGGAGGGAGUAGAGCGGAGGGAUGGAGCAGGGAGUUUAUCUGGCGCUGUUUCUGCUGCUCUGGAGCGUGAGAGUGAGGAGGGUGUGGACGGCUUGUCAGCUGUGGUGUCACUGGGUGUGGCGAGGGGAAUGAAAGGAGUGGGGGCGAGUGGAGGAGGAGGAAGUGGGAGUGAGGACGCAGGGGAUGCGGGUGAACUCCUGGAGCCGCCCACGCCGUCUGUGGGGUGGAUGCAGCAGCGCACAGCGGGGCAGCAACACCUGGCUGGUGCGGGCAGGCAUGGCAGUGGGCGAAGGGAGAGAGCAGAGGAAGGGCCAGAGCAGGGGAAUCGCUCCAACAGCCAGAGUGCAGCAGAGAGCAGCGGGGCAGGGGCCCCCACACUGGUUCUCCCCGUGCAUUCCGCCAAGCUGCUGCGGCCUGGCCUGGGCGACUCUCCUGCUGCAUCCCCCUCGCACCGCCUGCUGUCCCACGGGUCCCUGCCCUGCGCCUCUGUAGCCGCUGCCAUCUCUGCCGCCACCACCCUCACCGCCUCCAACCCCUCCUCGUGCUCCACCUCCCCUCCUGCCGCCUCGGCCUCGCCUCCACUGCAAGCAUCCGUGCCUCGCUCUGCUGCACCUGCCCUCGCACUCACCAGGCCUGCCACGCCAGCUGGCAAUCGGGCCCUGCCUGCUGAUUCUGCCACUGCCUCUGCUAUGCCCGGGUCACCCAUGCUUGGCAGCAAGGCAGAGGCAGUGAAUGGGAUCUGUGAUCCGUUCUCCAGAAGCAGCACAUGUGCAAGUGAGCAGGGGGCGGGGGAGAGCAAGAGCUGGCAGGGCAUAGCAGCUUAUGAGGCGAGCCUCACAAGCACAAGCGCUCCCAAGUCACCCAGCAUCUCCAACCCUCCCAUCUAUAGCAUCGCCAGCACCAACCAUAGCAGCAGCGGCGGUGGAAUCACAGGGGAGGGGGACUGCCGCACCUUCUCUUCCGCUCAGCUGCUGGCGGCCACGGAUGGCUAUUCCCCCGCAAAUCUCUUGGGUCAGGGCGCUUUUGGUCAGGUCUUCCGGGGCACGCUUCUUGGCUGCCAGGUGGCGAUAAAGCGCCUGUCAGGCGCCAGCUGGCAGGGCCCUCAGGAGUUUCAAACGGAGGUGGCGGUGCUGACACGCAUGCGGCAUCCCCACAUUCUCCUCCUCAUGGGGUGCUGCCCCGAGGAGCAGUGCUUGGUGUACGAGCUCCUGCCGGGGGGGUCUCUGCAGAGCCUCUUGACUCGUGGGGCGCGCAUUCGCAGGAAGCGUGCAGCGGCGGCUGCCAAAGCAGCCAUUCAGAGCGCCAAAGCUGCUGCCCAAAGACAUGGCAUGUGGGGCGAUGACGCAUGUGCAGCUGGUAGUGCUGGGAAGGGGCAAGGAGGAGGUGAGGGACUAAGAGGAGGGGAUGAGGCUGACAAGUGGGAGAAACAAGCAGCGAGCUGGCAUCGGUUGCAUGGUGAGGGGGCAGACAUGGGUGGCGGGGACAUGGACAGAGAAUCUGGGAUGGGAGAUGGUGGUAGUAGUGACUCUCAAGGGAGCGAUAGUGACGAGGAUGAGGAAGAGGAUGUGACUGAGAGGGUUGCUCCUGAGGAUGAGAGGCAGCGGCAUUCCACUGGCCAACCAACAUGCCCGAUUCCUUGGUCUGACAGGCUGCGCAUUGCAGCAGAAGUGGCAUCGGCACUGGCAUACCUGCACCUGCACGAUCCCCCCAUUGUCCACCGUGACUUCAAGCCAGACAAUAUUCUUCUGGAUGCAAACCUCGGUGCUCGUGUCGGUGACGUCGGAUUGGCACGUCUGUUGGAAGGUGAGGGUGCAACGACGACGCGGGUGCAAGGCACAACAGGAUACAUAGAUCCGGAGGAGCUUGAAACCUGCGAGAUUUCGGUUUCUGCAGACGUCUACGCAUUUGGGCUGGUGAUGGUGCAGUUGCUGACAGGCAUACCUGAUGUUCGGAGGGUCCACAAGCUGCUUGCUGAAUGCUGGGCCGGCACAGAUGGUGAUAUAUUUCUGGCAGUAGCAGCACUUUCUCGCCAUUUGGAUGAUUCAGGAGGAACUUGGCCGAGGUCACUUGUGGAGGAGGUUCUAGUUCUGGCUCUUGAGUGUGCUGACCGGCGGAGGUCCUUGCGCCCGGACCUUGUUGAGGAGGUCUUACCUGCUAUCGUACGGGCAGCAAGGGAAGCGGCAGCGGAGAUGCAAAGAAGGCGGCGAAUUGCUCGCCUGCAAUUCUUGUGCCCGAUAUCCAAGACCACCAUGUCUGAUCCUGUGGUUGCGGCAGAUGGGUUCACUUACGAUCGGAGCAGCUUGGAGCAUUGGCUGACUAGUUCUCGUCUUUCACCAGUAACAGGGGCACCAUUGGAUGACACCAGACUCGUUCCUAAUCACACUCUCAAAAUGCUGAUAGAAACUCUUCAGUAG